UGUUUUAUAAUUAAUGCCACAUUUUGUAAGAGCUUCGUAUUCGUGUCAUGGUAAAAAUGUCUAAAUUGUAUUAAAAAGAAAUAACGCAUACAUAGUUUAAUUUCAAAAUAAUUUUGGUUUUUACAAUGAGCUCCCAAACUACUGUUGCUCCUGCUCAACAGCAGCAAGAAGCACCACAACCAUUAUGGAAAUCGGUAUUGUGGCAAUUAGUAACAUUUUGGGUUGUAAUGCAAAUAGUAAAAUCAUUCACAUCAAAAAAGGAAAUGAGUGAUCCUAAAGUUAUGCAAAAUUCUGAUAAAAUUAGUUGUAAAAAUCUUUUCAAUAUAGGCGAAAGUUUAGACUUAUAUAUUUAUUAUUCAGAAUCUCGAAAUUUCGAUGAUUUUUCAAACCAAAAGUUGCUAUUAUGGAAGGAAACAGAUAUUUUUUUUGGUAGUUGGUAUGACGGGCCUUAUGGCGACGGUACAAGAAAAAAAUCAGGAUAUAUAGAAAUCUCUGAAGCUGUAAAAAACAACGGUUCAUUAUUUUAUCAUGUGUAUGUUACAAAAAAGGGAUACUCUCCCGAUUCUAGGGACAAAUCUUAUUCAAAGUAUGCUAUAGUAAAUUAUACUAAUUUAAUGACAGUUUAUCGAAAACAAAGAAUUCAUAAAACAAAAAAUCUUUUGACCGGGGAAGUUGAUCCUCAAAAUAAAAUUUUGCAAACAAACGUUUCUACUGUUAAGAUAAUGUCAUACUGGCAUCCUAAUCUUACUUUAAACUUAUUAGAUGAUCAAACACUUUGGGUUAGAGACGGGGUGCCAUCUCCUCUUGAUCAGUAUAUAACAUUUUUACCAGGAGAAAAUUUUUACAGACCAGUUUUGUAUAUUAAUGAUUACUGGAAUUAUGUGAGUGACUAUAUGCCAAUAAAUGAGACAACUCCGAAGCUAGAAUAUCACAUAACAUUUGCUCCUAUAUCAAUGUUUCGUUGGCAAAUGUAUAUAUCUCAAAACAUGCGCUCUCAAUGGAAUCAAUAUUUGGGUGAUAGUGUUGAGCAGUCUGAUCAAGAACAAGAUAUGCUCAAAAGAACAUUGCAAGAAACAAAUCCAUAUUUACUUGGUUUAACCAUGAUAGUUUCAUUAGUGCAUAGUGUUUUUGAGUUUUUAGCAUUUAAAAAUGAUAUUCAAUUUUGGAAAUCUCGUAAAACACUUGAAGGUUUAUCUGUAAGAUCAAUAUUCUUCAAUGUGUUUCAAUCUCUCAUAGUUUUAUUGUAUGUACUUGACAAUGAAACAAAUACUAUUGUUGUAAUCAGCUGCUUUGUUGGUUUACUUAUUGAGGCAUGGAAAAUCACUAAAGUUGUUGAUAUAAAGCGUCAUCCAACAAAAAAGUGGGGCACAUUUUCAGCUAUAACCUUUGAAGACAAGUCUAGUUAUGUUCAGUCAGAUACUAAGCAAUAUGAUCGUCUUGCUUUUCAAUAUCUAUCGUGGCUAUUGUUUCCUUUGUUAGGAUGUUAUGCAGUGUACUCUUUGUUUUAUUCAGAACAUAAAGGAUGGUAUUCUUUUGUUUUAAACAUUGCCUACGGAUUUUUGUUAACCUUUGGGUUUAUAAUGAUGACACCACAGUUGUUUAUUAAUUAUAAAAUGAAAAGCAUUGCUCAUUUACCAUGGCGAAUGUUGACUUACAAAGCACUUAAUACCUUUAUUGACGAUAUAUUUGCUUUUGUUAUUAAAAUGCCUACCUUGUAUCGCCUUGGGUGCUUACGAGAUGAUGUCAUAUUUUUUAUAUAUCUUUAUCAACGUUGGAUAUAUCCAAUUGAUCAUAGCCGUGUCAAUGAAUUUGGAUUAGUAGGUGAAUCUGAUCAUAUUGAUGUUGCAAAAGAAAUAUCUGAAAGUGGUUUAGUCACAAAUAAUGAUAUUCAAUUAGAAAAAAAAGAACAAUAAAUUUUUAGUCUAUUUACUAAUUUAUGUAGUUCACAUACAAAUAAGAUAUUUUUUAUCUAAAAAUAUUAAUUCUUGUAAUUUUUUUUUUAUACAAUAUGUUUCAAUUAUUAAAAA